AUGUCAACCCCAAACAUCGCAUCCUACCUCACCGCUCCCGAGGGAACCUUCGCCGUCAAAGACGCUUCUUACUCGAAACCGGGACCCGGAGAAAUCGUGAUCAAGAAUGCCGCUGUCGCUGUGAAUCCAAUGGAUUGGAAAAUCCAAACUUAUGGAGCAAUCUUGCCAUUUCCAAAGGAGUAUCCUGCUAUAAUCGGCACAGACGUCGCGGGCGAGAUAUAUGAAGUCGGCGAGGGUGUGACCGGGUUCAAGAAGGGUGAUCGUGUUAUUGGCAUGGCAAACUGGUUCCUCACCGCCCGCUCCCAAGAUGGCGGGUUCCAGCACUACACCGUUUGUACAUCCAAUGUCGUCUCCCCCCUCCCGGCCAGUAUCCCCUUCAAAUCAGGCUGUGUCCUUCCUCUAGCCCUGUCUACGGCAGCAAUGGGCCUCUAUCCGUCCACUCGCUUGGCACUUCCACUUCCACAGCCCACAAAACUGAAGUCUAUCAACAAAGUCCUCCUCAUUUGGGGUGGUUCUUCCAGCAUGGGGAGUGCUGCAAUCCAAUUAGCCGUUGCCUCAGGCGUUACGGUCAUUGCCACCGCAUCGAGCAAGAAUCAUGAAUUUGUCAAGGGGCUUGGAGCUAGUGCAGUGUUGGAUUAUCAUGAUGAUAAAAUCACAGAGAAUUUGGUUGAGACAAUCAAAGGGGCGGGGGGUGAUUUUGCGGGUGCGCUUGAUGCAAUCGCUGAGGAGCGGACCUGGAGGGCUUGUGCAGAGGUUGUCAAAGCCUUAGGAGGCGGCAAGGUCGUGAGUAAUUUGCCAACAACCUUUGAGGGUGUUCCUGAAGGAGUGGAGGUCUUACCUGUCAAUGAUACUGCUGCCAUAGUCCAAGAUAAGGAGAUUGUCGAAGGCAUAUGGACGCGAUUUGUUCCUGAAGCGUUGAAGGCGGGGACUAUGAAAGCUGUGCCUGAGCCUAUCGUUGUUGGGAAAGGCCUGGAAAAGGUAGGGGAAGGAGUCGAACUGUUGUCCUACCUCGUAGCGUUCAAGCAGCUCGUCCCCGAGCACACGGUUAUGAUCCUCAAGGGCAUCGUGAAGAUGCGCGUCAAGCAUUUCCCCGCCCUCUACCUCCUUCUAAACACGAUAAGCGGUGUCGUUUUUGGAACGGACGCCAUUGCUGUCCUCGCCGCUUAA